AUGUCCUGGCGUCCGCAGUACCGCAGCUCCAAGUUCCGGAACGUCUAUGGGAAGGUGGCCAACCGGGAGCACUGCUUCGACGGGGUCCCCAUCACCAAGAAUGUGCACGACAACCACUUCUGCGCCGUCAACGCCCGCUUCCUGGCCAUUGUCACUGAGAGCGCAGGUGGUGGCUCCUUCCUGGUCAUCCCCCUGGAGCAGACAGGCAGGAUCGAACCCAACCACCCCAAAGUCUGCGGCCACCAGGGCAACGUGCUGGACAUCAAGUGGAACCCCUUCAUCGACAACAUCAUCGCCUCCUGUUCAGAGGACACCUCGGUGCGGAUCUGGGAGAUCCCGGAGGGCGGGCUGAAGCGGAACAUGACGGAGGCGCUCCUGCAGCUGCACGGGCACAGCCGGCGUGUGGGGCUGGUCGAGUGGCACCCCACGACCAACAACAUCCUCUUCAGUGCCGGCUAUGACUACAAGGUCCUCAUCUGGAACCUGGACGUGGGAGAACCUGUGAAAAUGAUCGACUGCCACACGGAUGUGGUGCUCUGCAUGUCCUUCAACACAGACGGCAGCCUGCUCACCACCACGUGCAAGGACAAGAAGCUGCGUGUCAUCGAGCCCCGCUCUGGCCUCAUCCUGCAGGAGGCCAACUGCAAAAACCACAGGGUCAACCGGGUGGUGUUCCUGGGGAACCUGAAGCGCCUCCUCACCACUGGUGUGUCCAGGUGGAACACGAGACAGAUCGCCCUCUGGGACCAGGAGGACCUGUCCAUGCCCCUGAUCGAGGAGGAAAUCGACGGGCUCUCCGGCCUCCUGUUUCCCUUUUAUGACGCCGAUACGCACAUGCUCUACUUGGCUGGAAAGGGGGACGGCAACAUCCGGUAUUACGAGAUCAGCCCUGAGAAGCCCUACCUGACUUAUCUCAUGGAAUUCCGAUCUCCAGCUCCACAGAAAGGUCUAGGGGUCAUGCCCAAGCACGGGCUGGAUGUGUCGGCCUGCGAGGUGUUCCGCUUCUACAAGCUGGUGACGCUCAAGGGCCUGAUCGAGCCCAUUUCCAUGAUUGUACCCCGGAGGUCGGACUCCUAUCAGGAAGACAUUUACCCCAUGACGCCAGGAACGGAGCCAGCUCUGACCCCCGACGAGUGGCUGGGAGGCAUCAACCGAGAUCCGGUGCUGAUGUCUUUGAAAGAAGGCUAUAAGAAGCCCUCCAACAUGGCAUUUAAGGCUCCCACCAAAGAAAAGAAGAGCGUGGUAGUCAAUGGAAUAGAUUUAUUAGAAAAUGUUCCACCCAGGACAGAGAACGAGCUCCUCCGCAUGUUCUUCCGGCAGCAGGACGAGAUCCGGCGGCUGAAAGAGGAGCUGGCCCAGAAGGACAUCCGCAUCCGGCAGCUGCAGCUGGAACUGAAAAACUUACGCAACAGCCCCAAGAACCUGUAGCCGGCAGGUGGGGCUGCUUUCUCAGCCGAUCUCUCCGUUGUUUCUACUUGCCCCUGAACGCCCCCUUCUCCAGUGACCCCAGAGACAGACCCAGGCCUGGAGCUGGUGGGGACCCGACCUGAGGACCCACCUACCACCACAAGAACUGGAAGCUGACCUUUGACUUCUUGACCUCAUGCUAAUAAAAGUCCCCAGCCUCUCCUGGAGACCCAAUGCUGGCAGCCCGUUGGCCUGACACCCAGGAGACUGGACUGGCGCUGCUCAGCAGGACGAAGACCACAGACUCCCUGUGGGGCUGUCCUCACGGAACCAGGGAUCCCAGCUAGACUUAGGACUUGAACUCUGCCCUUGCGGAAGGGGCUGCCAUGGCACUCCAGCGCUCCCCAUCGGGGCUCACAGCGUCACCGAUGGGGCCGCAAAGGUGCAUUUGCAAGUGUCAGCUGAAGUUCUCCUCCCCCCUGCACACACCCCCCCCCAACACCGUCAGCCCCUUCUCUACAGCAACCCUGGUAGCCGGAGUCUGUCUCCAGCCCCACCUCUCUUGUUUUCAGGGAAUAUUAAGAGGAUUGCUUACUAAGGCCAUAGUGACCCCUUACCUUCCCAUGAUUCUCUUGGAUGCUCUUGUGCAGUCUCUUCCUGUGUCGUUUGUGGGGUGUGGGG